AUGUUUAUUUUGCGAUUGGCUGCAGAGGCUGUAAAUCUAGCAGAUGAAGAGUUAUCAGGUCAUCUGACAAGAAAUAACGACGAGAAACCACUGAAAAGGUUGCCAUUCCCUCCUUCUCCACCAACCUACCUUGUGGAUCCACUUAUCUUCCAAUUUGGUCGCAAACACAAAGAUGCUAAUGAGGAUGUCUUUAACAGACAUCAAAGACUCUUUUGUUCUAAGCGAAUGCGUCUCGAAGAUUCACAUGAAAUGAGUAGCCUUCUGGAAGGUUCAACUUCUUCCAUUGAGGAAUCUCAGAAUGAGUUUAAACGCUUCGAUCGCAUGAGUCAAGUCAAGCGUUCUCGGACCACAAUAAAUAGGCGUUCGCCACUCAAUAGCCUCUACCAAAAUACAAACCACAGCUCAACCACAGCGUUUUCAAACUUCGUGAAUCAGUUGAUGAUAAAUGCUCUCAGAGAUCAGCUUUUGGCUUCCCACUCCUCUUGGAUUCCACCUAAAGACGAACCUCUGGAUCUUUCCUGUAAGGAAACUAAAUUGGGUCUACCUAAUAACAACAUAUUCUGCAGCAUUCGCAAAUUAGUUGAACCCCAAUUCUGCAGUUACUCUGAAGUGCGAAGACACAAUACUUUCCCGUUGAGGAAACCUUUUGAAGCGCCGCACUUACUUCCCCAUAAUGUAGAAGUGUUAAUGAACAGUGCUCCACUAUUCAAUGACCUCAAAUCAAAUUUCCUCUGGCGCUAUGAGUCAAAAAGAUGCGAAUCUGAAUGA